AUGACGCUCAGAGGAGGAAAGGAGUUGCCCGAAGUUGAUAAAAAGAAAAGUCAAGAAAAGCUGGAGAUCAACGAGCAAGUCGGAAUGGGAUCAGCAGAUGAGGAAGAAUUUGCCCGAGAGAAAGAGGCAAAGCGAAAGGCGACAGGGAAGGGAAAAGAGAAAUCAUGCCAGACUGAGCCCAUAAUCCCCUUUCCAGGCAGAAUGGCCAAGGAACAAGAGAAGGAAGAAUUAACCGAACUGGUUAAAAUCUUCAAAAAGGUGGAGGUCAAUAUGCCUCUUUUGGUCGCACUACGCUCUAUACCCAGAUGUGCAAAAUUUCUCAAGGAACUCUGCACUCGGAAGGUCAAAUACACUGAUGAUGCGAAAUUUCAAGUGGGAGAGUCCGUAUCCGCGGUUUUACAACGAGAUAUGCCCAUAAAAUGUGGGGAUCCUGACAUGUUCUACAUUCCAUGUGUAAUAGGAACCAUGAAGAUGGAGAAGGCAAUGCUCGACUUAGGGGCGUCCAUCAAUAUUAUGCCCUUAUCCAUGUACCAGGACCUGGAGAUAGGACCGCUGAAGCCCACCCGUGUGGUAAUCCAACUGGCAGAUCGAUCAAAUGUCUACCCAGAGGGAAUAUUGGAAGACGUUCUGGUCAAAGUGGAGGAACUCAUCUUUCCAGCGGACUUUUACAUUCUCGACAUGGGGAAGUCAAAAGCACGAGAUCCGGUCAUGCUUUUGGGCAGACCGUUUCUAAAGACUGCCAGGACUCGCAUUGAUUGUGAUACGGGCAAGCUAACAUAUCAGUUUGAAGGGGAAACGAGAUGCAUGGUGAAAAGUGUCGACAUGAUCGAGAAGGUUGUUGAGGAGGUUUUGCCCAGAACAGCAUUCAAGGAGCCAUAUGACACUAUAAUCCAGAAUGGCAUAACCGAGGAGGACUUGCAAGAGGAGCAUUUGCAAGAGGCGGUGAAGAUACUUGAUGCGUGGAGCGAAGGGGUCAACCACACAGAGGCGCUGAAAAUCCCCACCCUGAAGGAAGAAGACCGACUUGUUCCAUCAAUCCAGAGGGCACCCAAGCUCGAGCUGAAGUCUUUGCCCAAACACCUCAAGUAUAUCUUCCUGGGCGAGGAUGACACUUUGCCCGUAAUCAUCAAUUCAGAGUUGACACUUGAAGACGAGAACAAAGUCAAGAUGACUUUAGGGAAGUACAAGGAAGCAAUUGGAUGGACCCUAGCCGACAUUAAGGGCAUAAGUCCUACAUUAAGGAUAUUCAUGCUUGCAAGGGAGUAG